GUGAUUUACUUCGGAAUCAGAAUCUCGCGAGGGCUUAGUUAGUUUUCUCUUCUCGCCGGGAUUAGAGCAGGACAGUGCUUUGUUUUUGCCGGUGUCUUUACGGACAUCCCGCAUCCCUUUCCCUCCGCUGCUUUCCAGGAUGUAUCACAACAGUAGCCAGAAACGACACUGGACGUUCUCCAGCGAGGAGCAGCUGGGGCGUCUCCGGGCCGACGCCAACCGCAAGUUCAAGUGCAAAGUGGUGGCGAACGGGAAGGUCAUGGCAAAUGAUCCAGUAUUUCUUGAACCUCAGGAAGAAUUGAUAAUCUGCAAAUAUUAUGAGAAAAGACUAUUAGACUUCUGCUCCAUAUUUAAGCCUACAAUGCCACGGUCUGUUGUGGGUACAGCAUGCAUGUACUUCAAGCGUUUUUACCUCAAUAACUCAGUAAUGGAAUAUCAUCCUCGGAUAAUAAUGCUCACUUGUGCAUUUUUGGCAUGCAAAGUAGAUGAAUUUAACGUGUCUAGUGCACAAUUUGUUGGAAAUCUUCGGGAGAGCCCACUUGGACAGGAAAAAGCACUUGAACAAAUUUUGGAAUAUGAACUCUUACUUAUUCAGCAGCUUAAUUUCCACCUUAUUGUCCACAAUCCUUAUCGGCCAUUUGAGGGUUUUCUCAUUGACUUGAAGACUCGUUACCCAGUCCUGGAGAAUCCAGAAAUUUUAAGGAAAACAGCUGAUGAUUUUCUUAAUAGAAUUGCUUUGACAGAUGCUUACCUUUUAUAUACACCUUCACAGAUUGCUCUGACUACCAUUUUAUCCAGUGCCUCCAGGGCUGGAAUUAACAUGGAAAGUUAUUUAUCAGAAAGUCUUAUGCUGAAAGAGAAUCGGACCUGUUUGUCACAAUUAUUAGAGACAAUGAAAUGCAUGAAAACCUUAGUAAAAAAGUAUGAACCACCAAGAUCUGAGGAAGUCGCUGCUCUAAAACAGAAACUAGAGAAGUGUCACAGUGCUGAACUUGCAUUUAAUAUAAACGUAAAGAAAAGGAAAGGGUAUGAAGAUGAUGAGUAUGUCUCAAAGAAAUCUAAGUUGGAGGAGGAAGAAUGGACUGAUGAUGAUCUUCUAGAUUCCUUAUAACUUGUUACCUUGGAACAUUCAAAGUUGACUCCCAAGUUCUGAAUUUUAGUUUUAUCACUUCUGCUGAGAGAUGGGGUUUGUCUUGGACCAAAAUUGUACAAUAAAAUAACUCCCAUUCAUUAAACUUUUUCCAUUUA